GCAUUCUGUUAUAAAGAGAUUAACAGUAACUACCUUAAUAAAUCCAGUCUGUGUCAGCAAAUAGAAUACACAGAUAUGACACUCUACAUUUACCAGCAGGUCACCUACAUUAAAAUGUAUUUUAAUCUUAAAGUUGAUAUGAAUCCAAGUCAGUUUGUGUCUUUAAAAAGGGUAUAAACAAGUUUUGUGAGUAAAAACAAUACGAGGUAAAUCAGACAAAAAGGUCAUUAAAAAAAUGUUUCCUUCAAGCUCACUGCAUAAUACAUUUUUGAGAUACAGAAACUUGCAGACACAAAUUGUUCUUUAUUACAAAUAUAUAGCAGUCAAUCAUUUACAAAUGCAGCCUUGGGAUAUGUCUAUAUGAAUCCAUAUGUUUGAAAACUGCAUUUUAAUUUUACAACUCUGUCCACUGUCCAUGCUAGAGUUUUCAAGCAUUUUCCAAAAGUUUCUCAUCCAGACUGAAACUUCAGGAAAUUGUUACAUGCGUAAACCCUCAAAAAAGCUCACUGAGACAGAACAGACAAGACACGUUUUUAUGCAAUUCUUCUGGCAGGAUCAUUUUAUUAAGGAAAAUAUCUCAUUCACAGGUUGCAUGCACUCCUGAAUGUAUGUCUGAUCUAAAAUGCAACUGCCUCAUGUUUUGCGGUAAACAGCAAUCACAUGUAAAUCAAGUAAAUUUUCUUUCAUCUUUGCAGGACUGUGAUAUGAAGAGUGUGCAAUGUAACAGCCUGUAGUAAUAGUGUGAAAGUGAAUAGCACAUAACAGAAACAAUACCGAUAUCUAUUGGUACAAUAUGUGUCACAUGACUAAACAGUCAAAAAGCCUCAAUUCACAGACCACAAAUUCACAAACGUAUCUACUUUAAAGAGCGUUUUUUUUUUAAAGCUACAUUUUCUUUGACAAAAAGUGCCAUCUUAGUGUGGAAGGAAGGGCAAAAUGGAGAGAAAAAGAUGCAUUUUCAAAUGAAAACAUUAAUGUGGACAAGGUCUUGGAAGCCAUAAUUGUAACCUGUCUAAUAAUGCAAAUAGCAUGUCAACAUCAGGGUUCUGUGUAGUCUGGUGAUCUCAUGCCUGGUAGAUCCGAAUACAGAGCACCCACAUCCAGUGGUCCUGGAGGUCCCAGGUCUGAUGGUACUGGAAGUCUCAGGUCUGGUGGCCCCUUAUGUCCCAGGUCUGGUUGUCCUGGAAGUCCAAGAUCUAGUGGCCCCUUAUGUCCCAGGUCUGGUAGUCUUACAAGUCCCAAGUCUUUUGGCCCCGGAGGUCCCCGGUCUGAUGGUCCUGUAGGUCCCAGGUCUGGUAGUCUUAUAAGUCCCAAGUCUUGUGGCCCCAAGGGUCCCAGGUCUGAUGGUCUUAUAGAUCCCAAGUAUUGUGGCCCUGGAGGUCCCAGGGCCGAUGGUCUUAUAGAUCCCAAAUAUUGUGGCUCUGGAGGUCCCAGGUCUUGUUACCCCGGAGGUUCCGGGUUUGAUGGUUCCAGAGGUCCCAGGUCUGGUGGCCCCGGAGGUCCCAAGUUUUGUGACCCUGGAAGUCCCAGAGGUCCCAGGUCUGGUGGUCCUAUAGGUCCCAGAUCUGGUGUUCUUAUAAGUCCCAAGUCUUGUGGCCUGGGAGGUCCCAGGUCUUGUGACCCUGGAGGUUCGAGGUUUGAUGGUUCCAGAGGUCCCAGAUCUGGUGGUCCCGGAGAUCCCAAGUUUUGUGGCCCCGUAGGUCCCAGGUCUGGUGGUCUUAUAGGUCCCAUGUCUUGUGGCUCCGGAGGACCUAGGUCUGGUGGUCCUUCAGGUCCCAAGACUUGUGGCCCCGGAGGGGCUUCCAAUGAUGGCUGCCAAUGUCCUUAGUGUGUGGGGUGCACACACUUCCCUGUCUGACACCUUCAGCACAAAGGUGACUGUGUCCCUGCCUUCAAAGACAAUGGCUCCUGAUCUCAAACUCUAUGGCAUAGCUGGGAAGGCAGUCCCAGAGUCCACUCCAGCCCCGUAGCCACCCUGCUCAACCAUCUUCUGAUCCAUCAUGUUCUCCAUUUCUGUUGGCUUUGCCUCGAUCCCUUGUUCAACUAGGACCCUGUGUUGUCCAGGUCUUUUCCACUUCAUGGUCCUGUCCCUCUAUUCCUCUCUCUAGUCCUCCUUUGCUCCGCCACCCUCCUGGAUUAGUUUUUUGUGUGUUUAUGGAUGUAAUAAGUUGUCUCUUGUGGAAGCCAUGGCCUAGUGGUUAGAGUUUGACUCUAACCCUAAGGUUGUGGGUUUGAGUCUCAGGUCAGCAAUACCAUGAC